AUGAAGCUCGGCCGCGUGGUGGUCGGCAUGUGCGCGUUCGCAGUGCUCUCGUGCUCGGGCAACUUGUGCAUCAUCGCCUCCAAGCAGCAUGGCAAGGUCUUGUACAGCAGUCUGACCGUCACGCUGCUCGCUGAAGUGCUCAAGGCGGUCGCCAUGCUCGGCACAAUCGUCGGCACGGGCACGUCGCGACCCGCGCGCUUCGAGCCGAUCGAGACGCUGUUUUAUGCCGUGCCGUCGCUCCUCUACACGAUCGACAAUAACCUCAACUACGUGAUCCUGCGCUUCAUGGACGCGACAACGCUCGCCGUGCUGUGGAACCUCAAGAUUGUCGUCACGGCGGUGCUGUUCCGCUUCGUACUUAAGCGAACUCUCUCGGAGCUGCGGAAGAUCGCGAUUGUGCUGCUCCUGGUCGGAGUCCUGACGAGUCAAUCGACCCAUUUGCGGGCACAAGGGGACGUGCUGAAUCCACUGACAAGUAGCAGGAACGAGACGCAGCCGGUGGAUACUUUGGCUGCCGAUGCGAGCACUCGAGACUUUGGUCUUGGUGUGCUUCUCGUGCUCGUGGGCGUCACGCUGUCGUCCUGCGCUAGUGUCUUUACGGAGUGGACGUUCAAGAGGAAGUCCGACUGCCCGUUCCUGUGGCAGAAUCUGCAGAUGUACGUGUUUGGCAUCGCGUUCAACACCGCUGGCGUUCUGCUGGUCGAAAGCGACGACAUCGUCACAAAGGGCUUUUUCCAUGAUUUCAACCACUGGACCGUGGCCGUGAUUGCUGUGCACAGCAUUGGCGGCAUUGGAGUCGGCUUUAUCCUCAAGUACUUGGACAACAUCGCCUGCGUCUAUGCCCAUGCCAUGGCAAUGGUGCUCACGAUGCUCUUUUCCAUGGUCUUUUUCUCCUUCUCGCCAACACUCGAGCUCGGCUGCGGCCUGACGGUGCUUCUGAUCUCCAUGUACAUCUACCAUCACCCGCUGGCCACGAUCGAGGUGGCGGCGUCGCUGGAUGCAGCAAAAUCGUGCCAAAGUUCUACAAUGGGCUCGGAAAGGCACGGAAAGAGCACAGUCGUACGAGGCAUCAAGAAGGAGCGAAGGAUUGAGAUCAAAGAGCAAGAAGUGGAGGACGAGGACGAGGACGACAGUACGGACACGUGCUCGAUCCUCUCGAGCUCGAGCGACUCGCUGUCGUCAUUGGUCCCGCGAUCGACGCACAAGCUUCAGCUCAAGAAGACGCAGUACUCGACGCUCGCGAGCGAGUCGCUGUAG